UUUCUUCUUUGUUCUUUUGCUCAGCACUAGAAAAAAAGUAUGGACUGCCGGUAUAAACAUAAAAAAGAACAAAAAAGAAGAAAAUUCCUCAGGCAACAAUAACAGCUGUUUUCCCUUCAAUACUUUUUUUUCAAUCCCUAUAUAAUUGCAAGAAUAGAAUAAAGUUUGCAACUUGAUAAAAAAAAAGGAAUAAUAAGGUGUGGGGGUUGAGAGGAAGUUAGUUCAUUAGUUCAGUGCCUUGUAAAGGCACAAUCUUGAUUCUUGAUUUGUCUCAAUGCUGACAAAUAUGGGUUCUUGGAUAGCAAUGUUGCUGAUGUUGUUAUUGUGUUUAUGGGUUUCUUGUGGAAUUGCUUCUGUUUCAUAUGACCAUAAAGCUAUCAUUAUAAAUGGACAAAGAAAAAUUCUCAUUUCUGGAUCCAUUCACUACCCUAGAAGCACCCCUGAGAUGUGGCCAGAUCUUAUUCAGAAGGCAAAAGAAGGGGGAGUGGAUGUUAUACAGACUUAUGUUUUCUGGAAUGGGCAUGAGACUGAAGAAGGGAAAUAUUAUUUUGAAGAGAGGUAUGAUUUAGUGAAGUUCAUCAAAGUGGUGCAAGAAGCAGGACUUUAUGUCCAUCUUAGGAUUGGACCUUAUGCAUGUGCUGAAUGGAAUUUUGGGGGUUUUCCUGUUUGGCUGAAGUAUGUUCCAGGUAUCAGUUUCAGAACAGACAAUGAGCCUUUCAAGGCUGCAAUGCAAAAGUUCACUACUAAGAUUGUUGAUAUGAUGAAAGCAGAAAAGCUCUAUGAAACUCAGGGUGGUCCAAUUAUUCUAUCUCAGAUAGAAAAUGAAUAUGGACCUAUGGAGUGGGAACUAGGUGAACCUGGUAAAGUUUACUCAGAGUGGGCAGCCAAAAUGGCUGUGGAUCUUGGCACUGGUGUCCCAUGGAUCAUGUGCAAGCAAGAUGAUGUUCCUGAUCCUAUUAUUAAUACCUGCAAUGGUUUCUACUGUGACUACUUCACACCAAAUAAGGCUAAUAAACCCAAGAUGUGGACUGAAGCCUGGACAGCCUGGUUUACUGAAUUUGGAGGUCCAGUUCCUUACCGUCCUGCAGAGGAUAUGGCGUUUGCUGUCGCAAGAUUUAUACAAACGGGAGGCUCCUUCAUCAAUUACUAUAUGUAUCAUGGAGGAACAAACUUUGGAAGGACAUCUGGUGGCCCAUUUAUUGCUACUAGUUAUGACUAUGAUGCACCCCUAGAUGAAUUUGGGUCAUUACGGCAGCCUAAAUGGGGUCAUCUGAAAGAUCUACAUAGAGCAAUAAAGCUCUGUGAGCCAGCUUUAGUAUCUGCAGAUCCAACUAUGACAUCCUUGGGAAACUAUCAAGAGGCACGUGUUUUUAAGUCGGAGUCUGGGGCCUGUGCUGCCUUCCUAGCAAAUUACAACCAGCACUCUUUUGCUAAAGUGGCAUUUGGGAACAUGCAUUAUAACUUGCCACCCUGGUCUAUCAGCAUUCUUCCUGACUGCAAGAACACUGUCUAUAAUACUGCAAGGGUUGGUGCUCAAAGUGCUCAGAUGAAGAUGACUCCAGUCAGUAGAGGAUUCUCAUGGGAGUCAUACAAUGAAGACGCAGCAUUGCAUGAAGACGAUACUUUCACAGUUGUUGGGUUAUUGGAGCAGAUAAAUAUCACAAGAGAUGUAUCUGAUUACUUGUGGUAUAUGACUGACAUUCAGAUUGAUCCAACAGAAGGAUUUUUGAAUAGUGGAAAUUGGCCUUGGCUUACGGUCUUCUCUGCUGGCCAUGCAUUGCAUGUAUUUGUGAAUGGUCAAUUAGCAGGAACUGUGUACGGAAGUUUAGAGGACCCAAAACUAACUUUCAGCAAUGGUAUAAAUCUGAGAGCUGGUGUGAACAAGAUUUCUUUGCUAAGCAUUGCUGUUGGUCUUCCGAACGUUGGCCCUCAUUUUGAGACAUGGAAUGCUGGUGUUCUUGGACCAGUUUCACUUAAUGGACUUAACGAGGGAACAAGAGAUUUAACAUGGCAGAAAUGGUUCUACAAGGUUGGUCUAAAAGGAGAAGCCCUGAGUCUUCAUUCACUCAGUGGUAGCCCAUCCGUGGAGUGGGUGGAAGGCUCUUUAGUGGCUCAGAAGCAGCCACUCAGUUGGUAUAAGACUACAUUCAAUGCUCCAGAUGGAAAUGAGCCUUUGGCUUUAGAUAUGAAUACCAUGGGCAAAGGUCAAGUAUGGAUAAAUGGUCAGAGCCUCGGACGCCACUGGCCUGCAUAUAAAUCAUCUGGAAGUUGUAGUGUCUGUAACUAUACUGGCUGGUUUGAUGAAAAAAAGUGCCUAACUAACUGUGGUGAGGGCUCACAAAGAUGGUACCAUGUACCCCGGUCUUGGCUGUAUCCUACUGGAAAUUUGUUAGUUGUAUUCGAGGAAUGGGGAGGAGAUCCUUACGGAAUCACUUUAGUCAAAAGAGAAAUAGCAAGUGUUUGUGCUGAUAUAUAUGAGUGGCAACCACAGUUGUUGAAUUGGCAGAGGCUAGUAUCUGGUAAAUUUGACAGACCUCUCAGGCCUAAAGUCCAUCUUAAGUGUGCACCUGGUCAGAAGAUUUCUUCAAUCAAAUUUGCAAGCUUUGGAACACCAGAGGGAGUUUGUGGAAGCUUCCAGCAGGGAAGCUGCCAUGCUCCGCGCUCAUAUGAUGCUUUCAAAAAGAAUUGUGUUGGGAAAGAGUCUUGCUCAGUACAGGUAACACCAGAGAAUUUUGGAGGCGAUCCUUGUCGAAAUGUUCUAAAGAAACUCUCAGUGGAAGCCAUUUGUAGUUGAUGAUCCUGAGUAUACAAGUGAUAAAAAUACUUAACCACUCCUAUAAACAUUUUUCGAACGAGCUACUAGACAUCCAUAAAUCCACACUACCAUUUUUUUGGCUCUGCUGGGGUUGAAGUUGUACAGUUCAGCAACACACCUCUUUGAUCAAAGCUCACCUGAUUACGAAGAUGAUUGGCAAAAGAUUCUGUACAUGUGAGGUUUCGUCUAAUUACACAUCAAGACAUUUCUUGAUGAGCCGAUGUGCAAAUUUUGUUUGUGUUAGGGUGAGAGACUUGGAAAGCAUUUUGCUUCCAUGAACUUCAACAUUGUACAAUCAUAAUGUAUGUAAGAAAGCAAUAAUUCAUUGCUUUGCACAUAGAGAAAUGCUUUUUACUAUGUUGUAGUA